AUGGCUCUCAUUCUAACACAAGAACCUGUGAGGGUAGAAGAGGAAGAAGCAGCUCAACAAAUUUUGGGUCACUUAAGUCUCCCACAAGAACCUGACAAACCAGCUGAGACGAAAGAAGUGACUCCUCCAAUUGAAUCCCAUCCUGAUAUAGCUCAGCCCGAAAGAGAAGUCUUGCCCAAGACAUCAACACCCGAAAGAACAAUUAUGACAGUACCAGAAGCUGCACCAAUUCCUCCAUCAAGGGAUCAAUUGCUUCGGGAAUCCAUUGAGAAUGACUAUAAAAAGGUCUUGCAAUGGCAAAGGUGGCACACAUCCCCAUUACAAACCUUUAUUGAAACAUUUGAAGCAAUGAAGGAUGAAGAAGAAUUUGCUUUAGAGUGGAUCGACACGAAAGAUGUUUAUGAAGCACUGCGUCUUGAAACAAUAAGACGAGUGUACUCUUACAAAAUCCAGGAAGAAGAAGAAAAUGACAAGAACUCCAAUCCAGGUGACCAUACGGAUCCUGAUGAUGAUCCUGAGAACCAAGAAGACGAUGAAGCCGAAGAUGACAAAUUUGAUGAUGCGCAAGAUGACUCUCAUGGAGAUGAUGGCGAUGAUGAUGAUGACGAAGGGAAGGACAAUAAUCAAAAUGAUGACUCCGAUGAUGAUGACGAUGACGAAGGUAACUCAGGUUAUGAUAGUGAGUCUCCUAUCAUAGGCAAUACUGAGGAUUUACCUGAAAAACCACCGGCUUCUCGUCAAUCUCCACCGAAAGAAGACCCUACCCAUCUGCUACCUCUCGCCAUGCUACCUCCCCACCAAGAAAAAGCUCGUGAUGGAAAUAGGGAUGCAUCAUCGAGUGAUGACAGUGGAGAAGAAUCACCUCAAAUAUCGGAACAUAGUCCAAGGCACAUCAUGGAACAAGUCCUUAAUGCUCUGUUCAAUGCUGAGGUUAUCCACAUGCAAUAUCUUGAUCAACGACAAAAAAAGACAGAAAACACAUAG